AUGCGCCCAAGUCUCCGUCGGUCGUGUGCUGCUUGUGCAAAAUCAAAGUCCAGCUGUGACUUGGGGACUCCACGCUGUUCCCGAUGUACCCGGCGUAAAAUUGAGUGUGCCUAUGCGAACGAACCUUCAACCAAGUCGGCAACUCCGGGCCCGCCGGAGAGCGGGUCGUUGGAGCCUCCUGGCAAAUAUGAUGGUUUGAUGACUUAUAGAUUUGGACAUUUCGACCCCUUUGAUUCAUAUCCACCAACUAGACUUCCCAGAGAGCACGUUCAACGUCUCAUCCAUGGCUUUCUCAACAAGAUCGCUUUUCAGUACUACCCCCUUGACUUGAGCGCGACUUCAAAUCCAUUCCUCAUUUCUUGGUGGCCACUGGCGUUGGGGGACCCAGCACUCUUCCACGUGUCUCUGCAGACUGCAUGCCUUGAUGAAGAGCUUCUCGCCCAAAAGGGCUUUCAGUCGUCCGAGCUUCUCAUGGCAGACUCAGUGGCUUUGCUUCGGCGGAAGGUGGAAGAUGUAUCUCUUGCCAUGCAGGAUGGGACCAUGAAUUCUGUAAUUACAUUGGCAACUAUCGAGUUUGGCAAGGGAAACGUCAAAGUCGGCCGGAUGCAUGUUGACGGGGUCAAGAAGUUAGUCGACUUGAGAGGUGGCAUCAAUUCAGUCAGACAAACCAGUCCACUUACUGCCAGGAUGGUUAGUUGGGUUUCAAUGCUCAUCAUGGGCCACCCUCAAUUUGAAACGCAGGAUGAUUACGGCAUUGGAGACGGAAUACCACCAAUUCCGGAAUGGCGACUAGAGUCAACCGUCAACAGUGAAAACACAUUCGAUGUCAACGCCCUUGAAAUUGACCCUGCAGUUCAAAAUGUCUUCGUCCGCCUCCGUAACGUCAUGCAGCGAGCACAGCAAGUGCCGUUCACAACUACCCAGAUACAUGACUUAACAUGUUUUGUGGUCCAUCGGCUUUUACUCUCCUCGAACGCAGCAGCAUGUUUAGUUUCGCCGAUCACGGAAUGUAUACGAUGCGCAAUCAUACUAUAUAUGUUCAUCGUCCAGGGCCCGACUUACUACCCACACGCAGUCAUAUCAAACGAGAUCGUCAUUCGACUCUUUGAGCACUUCAGAUAUCUCGCACCGCCCACCCACAUGGUUGAUUCUCUUGAUGUGUGGCUCGUCGCCGUCGGCAUGGUUGCUUCGACGGGCACAGAUCAUCUCCAAAAGUUCAUGGAAAGAGCGUGUGAAAUUGCUACUACACUCCAACUGCAUAGCUUUGAGCAGGUACUGGUGCAUCUCAGAAGCGUUCUUUGGCUAGACAAAUCCAACAUUGAAGAGAUGUUCCGGUCUCACUGGGACAUCAUAUUCAACCUUGCAGAUCCUACCGAGUCGUCUUACCUCGCCGCCUUCAGUGCUUCACCAGAUAUGACAGGUGCCAUGUUUAUAUGA